AUGACUUCAAGAUUGUCUGAAAAAGACGGCAACAACCCAGUUGCCAGCGUUGCGAAGAAUGAUACUGGAAACGCUACUAUAGCAGAAACGUCAACUCCGGGUAAAGGCAAUGUACACUACGUCAAUCGUGCUGAAAGUGACCCCCUUCCGGAGUAUGAAGGAGAGCUCAUUCCAGGGUACGACGCAAAUCUGAUGCGAGCACGAGCAACUCUUAGUAGCGCAGAGGAAAAGAAGCUCUUACGAAGAAUCGAUUGGCACCUCAUUCCGCUCCUAGCAGUGAUUUAUAUGCUGAAGAGCGUUGAUUUCACUAAUAUAUCCUGGGGGAUUGUGCUCUGCUGCCAUGCAGCUGUGAUUAACCGACAAGGCCUCUACACUGUUCGCUUCUUCCUCGGUCUCUUUGAGGCCGGUCUAUGGCCCGGAAUGCUUGUCCAAUUAUGCUACUGGUAUCGACCAGAUGAAAUUGCUCCUCGUAUAGUACUUGUAACAAUCCUAGGGAACUUCAUUCCCUCGACGUCAUCCUGGCUGUCGGAGAAAGAGCAGAUCUUCAUCCAAGCCCGUCUCCCUAGUAACUCUCCGCGAGCGGCCGAGGCGAACUUUGACUUGCGCGAGCUUAUCACGACAUUCAAAAAUAAGCGAGUCUGGCUCUUCCUCUUCUGCUGGGCCUUCUUCACGGUGGGGACCACCGGGCUUACCUUCUACCAGCCAACGGUAAUUGCAAACUUAGGCUUUACCUCUAUAAGCGAAACACAGCUGUUAAACAUCCCAUCCGCAGUCUUUGCAGUGAUUCUAACAGUAUUGUUUGGCAUCUUAGCUGACACCGGACGAAUUCCCCUGCCGGCGAUCCCACUGGCGUUCAUGGUAGUGAUCGAAGCGUGCUAUGGCGUGCUCUAUGCUUUUCCAAAUACUGGCGGCGUCUAUGGCGCAACUAUUCUCGCGGGGGGUUUCUCAACCGCGUGGUACGUGAUGAUGUGGCCCUGGCGAGUCCAGACCACCGAAGGCGCCACGGGCUCGGCAUUUGCGAUUGCCUUUGCUAAUAGUUACGGGCAAAUUGGCGGAGCGGUUGGAUCCCAACUGUUUAAUUCUCGCUACGCGCCGCGAUACACAACAUCCUUUGGAAUCGGGAUGGCGUUUGUGGGCAUGGCGAUCAUUAUGAAUCUUAUUACUUGGACCUUCACGUGGCAGGUCGACGUCGAUACUAGGAAAUUGAAGCGAAUCCGGCUGUCGGCGGCGAAGCAGAACCAGGCAGUGUUAGAUGAUGAAAAAUUUAAUGUCUACGCCUAUGUUGGGGAGAACCGGCUUCCGGACGUCUUGCUCACCAGCCACAUCGAUACUGUCCCGCCCUUCAUCCCUUACUCCCUCCAUGUCCUUAGCUCGAAGACUGGGUCAUUCAACAAUCGCACAGACCUAGUAAUUGCGGGAUGGGGCACCGCCGAUGCCAAAGCCAGCGUAGCAGCGAUAGUAUUCGCCGCGCUGGAAACACUCCGCGACAACCCCGACGCCUCAAUCGGCUUACUCUUUGAUGUAGGCGAGGAAAACGGUGAGCCAACUGAGCUUAGUCUCGUCGCGGCGCAUAAAGGUGGCCUGGGGUUCAAGCUGGUGGCUGAAGGCAAAGCCGCGCAUUCAGGAUACCCUUGGCUGGGCAACAGUGCUAUUUCGUCAAUUCUUCACGUGCUAGCCCAUCUUGACUCCCUGGAAGAUGUUCCGCCCGAGGACGGUGGUCUCCUUCGGAGUGAGACGUUGGGGAAAUCAACAUUGAAUAUUGGACUGGUGAGUGGCGGCGUGGCCGCGAAUGUCGUUCCAGCGCACGCUGAAGCAACGAUCUCGGUUCGGCUUGCGGCAGGGAUCCCGGAGGACACCAGAAUCAUAAUAGAAAACGCGGUAGAAGCUAUUACUGGGGAUGACGCAGGCGUCUAUCUGGACUUUGUGGAUCGCACAUCGGGUGCUUCUCCACAGUAUUUCGAUGCGGACAUUGAUGGGUUUGACGUUAUUACAGUGAAUUACGGGACCGAUGCUUCAUCGCUCGAGAUUCAUGAUCAGGGAAUGCGGAGGGUCCGGCGAUAUCUUUAUGGGCCUGGGAGCAUUCACGCCGCGCAUGGAGAUAACGAAGCAAUCACGGUAGGGGAGCUGGAAGAGGCGGUGCGUGGAUACAAACGUCUUAUCUCUGCUGUUCUGUAG